UAGACUGUAUACGAGAUACGCAGGCGCUUUCAAACACCACAGUGGCGACGGAGCGAUUUCGCGGGAACUUUCUCUGACACGGACCAAACCCGCGUCAUCAAGAAAACAAUCUCAAUAACCGGUUUAAUACGGGAGCGACUGAAGCCGGACUCUUGAAAAGGACAGAUAUGUUCUCCGACAUGAGCGCCCAGAAGCAGGGCUCCUCUCUGCUCUCUCGCCCUGCCUCCGAGGAUCAAGGCCUGGUGUUUGAGAGGAUGUCGCUGGCCUACAGUCCCUGCUCCGAGCGCUACAGAAUCGGGGAGCGGAGUUUCAGUCGGCAGUAUGCUCAUAUUUACGCAGCACGGCUAAUGCAGAUGAGACCCUUGCUUUCAGAGAGAGCCAAGCAAAAGUGGGGAUCAGAUGUGCGUAUCAGGGAGCUGUGUAAUCUUCAGACCGGGGAGCAGUGCUGCAUUGUUGGAACCUUAUUCAAGCGUAUGGACUUGCAGCCAUCUAUUCUAAAAGAGAUCAGUGAUGAGCACAACCUGCUUCCUCAGCCUGCACGAGCCAAAUACAUCAGCGAAACAGAUGAGCUGAUUCUGGAGGAUGAGCUGCAGAGGAUCAAACUUGAGGGCAAAAUUGACAGAGACAAGUGUGUGACAGGUAGUGUUAUUGCAAUAUAUGGAGCAGAGAGGAACGAUGGGAAGUUCACAGUUGAGGACUUCUGCAUGGCUGAUCUUCCUCCACAGACACCAAGACCUGUGCUCAGCUCUGACAGGUUUGUGCUCCUGGCUUCAGGACUAGGUCUCGGUAGUAGUCGCGCUGACAGCAUGCUGGGGCUACAGUUGCUGGUUGACAUGGUGACAGGUCAGCUUGGUGACCAGGGCGAACAGAGCGGGGCAGCGACGAUCUCCAGAGUCCUACUGGCUGGAAAUCUUCUGAGCCAGAGCACACAGGACAAGGACGCUUCAACAAAGGCAAAGUAUCUCACUAAGAAAACUCAGGCUGGCAGUGUGGAGGCAAUGCGUCUGCUGGAUGAGCUUCUGCUUCAGCUUGUGGCCUCAGUUCCAGUUGAUGUAAUGCCAGGUCAGUAUGACCCCACCAACUACACCCUCCCACAGCAACCCCUCCAUCGCUGCAUGUUCCCUCUGUCUUCGGUGUAUCCAACUCUACAGUUAGCCUCCAAUCCACACCAAGCUAAAGUUGAUGGAGUGAGCUUCCUGGGCACAUCAGGCCAGAAUGUCUGUGACAUCCAGAGGUACAGCAGCAGAGACAAUCACCUGGAGAUACUGGAGGAGACGCUACGACUCAGACACCUGGCCCCCACAGCACCUGAUACUCUAGGCUGUUUCCCAUUUUACCAAAAAGACCCUUUCAUCCUGGAAGAGUGUCCACAUGUCUACUUCAGUGGAAAUGCACCGACUUUUGACUCAAAGGUCGUCAAAGGUCCUGAUGGUCAGGAAGUCCUUCUGGUUACUAUUCCAGAGUUCAGCAGCACCCAAACAGCAUGCCUGGUUAAUUUACGUACUCUUGAAUGUGAGCCAGUCAGCUUCUCUGCGUUCUCUGCUGAGGAAGACGAGGAAAGUGAGAUGAACAUCAGCCACUGAGGGAUCCUAUCCUCUAACAGUACAACAUGCUGACACAUUAUACAUUAAUCAUUUCUUGUCACUUCUGACCGAGGACCAGACAAAUUAAGAUCAAGGUCCUUGACAAGAAAAAAAGAAGACAAGCACUGUGUAUGAACAAGCCUUUAUUAGAAAAAUCACUCUUUUAUUACAGCUGUGUCAGAGGAAACGUGACAGAAGACGUUUCCCUCCUCUGACUCCUGUUACAAAUGCUUUUGUACCUUUAAUGACUGCUCAUACUGUAAAAAAUGUGUCUGCCAUGAAGAAGACAGUGUAAAUAAUUCAACUCUGGUGAAGUAAAAAAAAAAAAAAGGUCAUGACUUUCGUUUAUGUGCAUCUACAAUAAAAAACUUCUCGUGAAA